AUGAAUGAAAAAUUGUCAAGAUGGCUAAAUUAUUUUAUAGAAUUGUAUUUGAAAAACGAAGAAUAGCAGAUUGUUUUUCCUAGCAUUUUAAUAUUGAUUCUAAGAUUUCAAUAAGCAUUUCAAACCCUGAGCUAUAUUUAUGGAAAGAACGCUCACUCUUAUUUAAGUUUGAUAUCGAUGUUUGCCAGACCAUAAGUGUAUUUGCCAAGCAGUGAUAUAGCAUAGUAUGUAAUAUCAAUUAUUUGCCUAUUUUACCUGCUAAAUAUUGUAUCAACUAUCUCUCAUUUUAAAUACAUAAAAGUAUAUGGAUAACUAUUAAGGAGUGGUUUGCUGAAUUUCUUCUUUGAGUAUUCAACUGGAAUAAUUAAAAUGUUUACACAUAUACUAUUAUUGUUAAUUUCAAUAACUGAAACAUUAAUUCUUUAGGGUACUUUAAAUGCUUAAACUAUAAACUUCCAACAUACUAGAUAUACAAUUUUGGAUUUUAUUAUCCAAAGUUUAAACUACACUAUUAUGAUUUUUUAUUCUUAUGAAUUAUCAAAUUAAUCAAUUAUAUUUUUAGCUUUUGCUAUAAAUUUACUAAGAGCGAUCAAUUAACUAUAUUAUUCUCCUUUAAAAAAUUUAAACACUAAAUGUAUGUUAUUAACUAUUUACAUUUAUAAUCUAUAUUAAGGAUUCAUGUGGAUUUUUUCUAUACAAAGAGAUUUCAUCUCAGAACUUGUAUUGAUACCUUUAAUUUAUAAUGUGUUUUAUUUAACAUAUAUGAAGAUAUUUAAAUAAUGUAUAUUAUUAAAAAAUAAUGGAGUUUGUGAUAUGUUAUCAAUACUGGUUUUUUUGGAUAAUAUUAAAGAAUUAAAAACAAUAAAAAUACAGACACCAAAAAAUUCAAAGGAUAAAAUUAUAUAUUGUUCUUUAUUAAUGAUGCAAGGUCACAAUUAUGAAGCCUUUUGUGAAUUAAUAACAAUUAAUGAUUAAGAAUUGAAUAUUUUAGAAAAGUUUAAAAAAAAAGUGAUUAAGAAAUUAUGUAUAAAUAAAAUAGACAUUAAUAUUUAAGUUUAAUCAGAAAUGUAGCAUAGAUUAUCUAUAACUGUUGCUUCAUUAAUAGCAAGUGAAUAAUAAAAUUCUAUAAUUUAUGAUGAUGUUAUAUAAAUACUAAAAGAAAAGAUACGAAUCCUAUUAUUAUUAGCAUAAAGUUAAACCUCUUAUCAUUACUCUUAAUAUUUCAGUUUCACUUCAAAACUAUUAGAUCUUCAAAAAAGAUUGGAAAUAUAAUAUAGAAACUAUGCAUGUUCUAAAACACAAUGUAUUUUGGGGUUUUUUUAUGUUGAAGUCAUUAAUGAUUAUUUAGCAGCAAAUUCAUUAUUUAGUGUAAUGUCUAUAUCAGAUGAAAAAGUAAGGAGAAUCAAUAUUAAUCAAGAUGUUUUUUCUAAUAAAAUGGUAUUCAUAAUUACUACAUUCAAAGAGAAUUUAAUAAUUAAAAAAUUAUCAAGUGAUGCUCCUAAAUUUUUUAAUAAAUCUAUAGAUUCCUUAUAAGGUUAAAGUGCAAAUAUACUUAUACCACCUGGUAUUUCUGAACAUCAUGAUUAAUUUAUCCUUGAAUUCUUAUCAACAGGAUAAGCUAAAUAUAUGAGAGUCAUAAAUUCUAAUUAUUAUUAUUCAACAGAAUAGAAUUAUAUGACAAAUAUCGAAUUUGCAUUUGAUGUUAAUUUAUAAAACGAUUUCAGUUUUAUAUCCUUUAUUUAACCUGUCAUUAAUUAGCCCAUGUCUUUAAUUAUAAAUAAUGAGCAUAUUAUAACUUGUAUUAGCGAAGGACUCAUCCAAUAUUUAGAAUUAAAAUAUUCAAUUACAAAAUAUCUUGGAAAUAAAAUCUAAGAAAUUUUACCAGAAUUUUAAUCACCAAAUCAGAACUAUUAAAUUAUUGAAAAUGCAGAAGCAAUCUUUUAAAAGAAUAGUGAAGAUGAGGGAUUAUUUUAGUAAAUUUAAGAGUCAUACAUAACAACUUAUAAUAUAUAUCACAAAAAAUACAAAGAAUAAAUAAUUUAUUAUAUAAUUACAUUUGAAUUUUUUAAAAAGAAUUUGGGAUAAAGUUCUAUGAUUUAUUCUAAGAUGAGUCCUAUUAAUUCAUUUAGAAAAGAUUAAUUGAUUUAAUCAUGUUUCAAUUUAAUUAAUUAAGAGAGUUUUGUUAAAAUCCCAUAUAAUGAAUAGAAUAGUUAAUAAAAGAUUUUAAAUUAAUAAGAUGCCCGAAGAUUAUUUUAAAUUGAAGAUAUUUCUGAAUAACCAAUAAUUACUAAUGAAAUUAAAUUAAUUUCUUAAUCAGAGAAUUUUAAUUUAAUUAGUCCAAAUAGUAAAGUUGAAAUGUUAACAUAUGAUUAAGUCAAGGUUUCAAAACAGAAAUUAAAUAAGCAUAAUGUUAGAAUAUCUAUAGCUGAAGAAUAAUCAAGUUAAGAAAGAGUUGUUGCCUAUUAAGAUGAUCGAUCCUCAUAAGUCUCAAGUUUAUUAGGUGUAAGAAAAUCUAAAUUUUAUAAAAAAUAUGAAAUAGUUUAAAAAAUUACAAAUUUAUAAAGUUUUUCCAAAAACCAUCAAAUUUUAAUCACACUAUUUGUAUUUAGCAUACUUAUUUAAUUUGCAGUCUAAAUUUUAGUAAUUAUUAUAUAUAAUUUUAGUAACUAAUUUAAUUAAAUAUAAAUUUAACAAAUUUAGUAUCAGAUAUAGAUUUAAAUAAAAUAUUACGUUUUUUAACCACUUGAAACAUUUUUAUUGACUAGAUACACUAUUGUAAGUUAUAGUUAGUAAAGAGAUUCAAAAGCAAUUACUUUAGCUUAAUUCAAUGAACUCAUUAAAUUUCCAAGAUCUAAUCUUGUACUUGGUUAUGAUUCUUUAGAUUAAAAUCUUAAAUAAGUGAUGAACCGUCCUGAAUUAUAAGAUUUUCUAGAAAAUACGUAUUUGGAUAUCUAUAUUUAUAUUAAAUCUGGUAUUGGUGAAAAAUAUAAUAUUUCAUUGAGGAAUAGUAUAAGUAUUUUAAAGAAUUAUUAAUACACUUCUAAAAUGGCAUAUGUGAUUGAUGGAGUAGCUUAAGCAGAUAGUCCAUAUUCAUAUUAUUAAUACAAAAAUUAUUUGCCUUUAAAGACAUUGUUUUCUGAGUUAAAUCAAAUAGUUUAAGAAUAAACUAUAGAGAGAUCAUAUAAUUUAUAAAGACAAAUUUUAAUAAUCUUAUUUACUUGUAUUUUUCUACUUUUCAUAUUCUAAAUUGAAAUUUUCAUUUAUUAUAUUAGAAUAACUAAGAGAGUAAAUAGACAUUUUUAAUUGUUACACAAUAUUCCUGGUUAAUAUAUAGAUUAUGAAAUUUUAAGGAUUAAAUAUCUUGUUGAAAGAUUAUUUAAAGAUUAGAAUAUUCUUUUUAAAUAUUAAUUUAAUUUGAGUGAAAAAGAAAAAUUAUUAGAAUAAUAUAAUGGUAAAGUAUUGGCUAUAAGAAGAAGCAAUCAAAAAUUAAAUUCUAUCAAUUGUAAUGAAAUUCGAUAUUACUUAUUUAUGAUUUUAAUCAUGCUAAUCAUGGCUGGAAAUUCUCUACUUACCUUUUUAGAAGGAUGGAAUUAUCUGGAUAAAUAUCCUGCCACUGCUAAAUUUUAUAGAGCAGUCUCAGAUGUAGGAACAGAUAUUCCAACUAUGUAUGCAUAAAGGGAUAUUCUCUAUGGAAGAGCUAAUUUAAGAUUAUAUACAGAAUAGGAUUGCUAAGAUUUGUUGAAUGAAGUUAAAUUUGCAGUUAAUAGAACAUCCUCUUUUAUAGAUAGAAGCAUAUAAUUUGAUAAGUAUUAAAAUCAAUUAUUUUUAGAUAUCUAGUGUCAUCUACAUUUGAAGAUUUAUAUUAGUCUAUUUAAACUCAUGAUUUAUGUGAUUUCUUACCUGAUGAUUUGAAAUAAAAGUCUGUAACACUUUGUCCUAUAGUUAUGAAUUAGAAUAUGAAAAUGGGUUUAAAAGCAGUUUUGGUUUAUAUAAUAAAUUUCAUUACUACUGAUAUGGAAAUUAAUUAAUUCAAAAAUAGAACUUCUUAAAACUUUCUUGAAUUAGAAGGUGCCUUUUUAGUUUCUAAUAUUAUAGGAUCUAUCAAUUAGUUAUUUAAUAAAGAUUUAACAUAAUAAACUGAAAAAAUUAUCUCUUAGAUUAAUGUAUUUAUUUUUAUAUUAUAUUUUUAGUUACAUAACAUUUUUAUUUUAUCUGUUCUUUGUUUAUUCAUACUAUUUAUCCUAACUGUAUUUAAGUAAAAGUUAAUUUCAAAAUACUUAAUUGUUUAAAGAUUUGUCUAUAUAUUACCUGUUUAUCAUUUAUUUUUAGACAAUGUUUUUGAAAGGAAUUUAAGACAACUAGUAUAAUAAAAUUGA